AGUAUAGGUAAGAAAUUUAUUUUCCUUUCUCGAGAUUAGGGCGUAAUGAUAGUGCACGUGGCGGCGCUGAUAGACUGGAGAACUUUGGCCGUUGUUCUUGAACCGCACAAAUAUGGAAUGGAAUCCGCACGACUCUGCAACUCCACGCACAAUAUCUUCUUUUACAGCUUAAACCUUGCGUUUACACAAAUGUGGUAGAUUCUUCUGAUCAUCCAAAACCUAUUUUCUGGUGUUUCUAGUUCUAGGAAACCCUCUGACUUCAACCAACAUGACAGAAAAUCCUGUGGAAAAUUUGUCAAUCUCCUUAAAGAUGAAGUUCAUAUGCAAGUUUUUGGAUGGGUUGCAGAAGAUGUUUUUGUAGAGGGGUAGACAUUCUAGAUCUCACACAAGGAUAAUCAAGAACCAAUUUUGAAUAAGGAUGAACAUACUGCUGCUCAAUCACAAUUCCUUAAACUCAAGCACUGGCAAUGGUGGCUUUUGGUGGCAAUCAACAUCUUCUUCCUCAUUGCAGGCCAGUCUGCUGCUGUUCUUCUUGGGAGAUUUUAUUAUGACAAAGGUGGAAAUAGUAAAUGGAUGGCAACCCUUGUUCAAACUGUUGCUUUCCCAAUCCUUUGCAUCCCUCUCUUUCUACUACCUUCCUCUCAAGAGUCUUCAACCUCUUCCGCCUCACCCUCCAUUAGGAUUCUUGCCUUGAUCUAUUUGUUUCUUGGAUUACUUAUAGCUGGUGAUAACAUGUUAUAUUCUACUGGGCUCUUGUACUUGUCUGCCUCUACUUAUUCUCUCGUUUGUGCAUCCCAAUUAGCUUUCAAUGCUAUUUUCUCAUACUUCAUAAAUUCUCAGAAGUUCACUUCCUUAAUUCUCAACUCUGUGGUUGUGCUUUCAUUUUCUGCGGCUCUCAUUGCCGUCAAUGAUGAUUCAGACAGUCCAUCAGGAGUCUCUGAGUGGAAGUAUAUCAUUGGCUUCGUUUGUACCCUUGGUGCUUCGGCAAUAUACUCUCUUCUGCUUUCUCUCAUGCAGCUGUCCUUUCAAAAAUUCAUAAAAAAGGAAACUUUUAAUGUCGUGUUGGAAAUGCAGAUCUUCACAUCACUUGUUGCCACCUGUGUUUCUAUCAUCGGUCUUUUUGCUAGUGGGGAAUGGAAGACUUUGCAUGGAGAAAUAUCGAGUUUUGUUAGUGGGAGGGUGUCUUACAUUAUGACACUGGUUUGGACAGCAGUAUGUUGGCAGGUUUGUUCCGUUGGUGUUGUAGGCCUGAUUUUCUUGGUAUCUUCUCUUUUUUCCAAUGUAAUAAGUACUGUCGCCUUGGCUGUAUCUCCUAUUGCUGCUGUUGUGGUUUUCCAUGACAAGAUGAAUGGUGUGAAGGUAAUCUCUUUGCUUAUGGCUUUCUGGGGUUUUGGUUGCUAUAUUUACCAGAGUUAUCUUGAUGAUUCUAAGGUGAGGAGAGAACAGCAUCAUGUUAUUGAAACGACCCAUCAUGAUUCUUCAUGUUGAUAACUUUGGAAUUGAUUUUAAUGAAAUCCUUUGUGAUUCUUUACUUUAA